GGAGAGUACAGAGACCCGCGCGUGCGCAGUGCCGCGGCGGGUGUCAACAGGCUGUGUGUGUGGAUGGCGCGAGCGGGUGGCAGUUGGCGGCUCGAGCGCCGGGCGGGCUAGCGGCUGCCAUGCGAGUGCUCGGCUGAGAUUGUGAUACUUAAUGCAAGACUGCAAUGACAAGUCAGAGUGGUAACAAUGCAGAAAGAGCAGUUUCUAUGUCGUCAACGCCAAAAGUGCAGGUUCAGCGCUCUGUUUCUAGAGAGACCAUCACCAUACACUUUUCUGCCUUUGGUAAGGAAGAGGAGGAGGAGGAAGAGGAAGAAGAAUUUGAAGAUUCCUCAACAAUAUUUCCUGGAGAGGUGAAAGACAAAAGUUUUAUGCCAGAACUUAAAGAAAAAGUGUGUGUAUAUAAACAUGGUGGCCAACAUUUAUCAGAGCCCGCUACCUCAUCAAGUUCUUCGGCAAUAUCAACUGCAGUUACAUUUUCCAGUCCAUCCUCAGCAACGACGACGACUUCAGAAUUAUUAGAAACAUCAGUGACAUUGCCAUCUUCAUCGAUUACUACAUUGCCAUUGUCCUCCUUAUUGGACCAACCAUUAAAUUCCACAAGUUUGUCCUCAGAGAUGAGAACUCCAAUCUCAGCCACAGCAUCUGAUUCCACAUCUAAAUCUGUUGUGCCAUUCAGUGUCCCUUCAUCUUCCACAGCAAGCGCAAAGCCAUUCAUGAAAUUGGUAAAAUCUCUUUCAACAGAAGUAGAACCAAAAGAAUCCAUUACUCCUUUAAGGACAAGAGACAUAAUGAAAACACUAGUUAAAUCUCUGUCAACGGACACAUCAAAAGAAGAGUCUGAAUCUGUUCCAAUCAGGACCUUUGAUUCGAGGAUAAACUUGCAUCUGUUCAAACAAUUUACUCAACCUCGAGUCACUGGGGGAGAUUCUAAGACAGCACCUUCUUCUCCAAUCACCUCUCCAUCAGAAGGUCGGUCAUUUUUUAAAGUAACUGAAGUAGAGGCCAGAAUUGAAGACACUAAAAGACGUCUUUCAGAGGUUAUUUAUGAACCGUUUCAACUUUUAAGCAAGAUAAUUGGUGAUGAGAGUAGCAGUCUGCGACAUAAGGCCUUAUCAUCCAGUGCAACAGAACUUUCCACCCUUAGUAGUUUAAAUGGACAUUUGGAAAGCAACAACAACUAUAGCAUCAAAGAAGAAUGUGAUUCUGAUGAAGACUACUCAGCAAAAGAUUCAACUCCAAAUAAAAGUAGUUCUAAAGUUGCAACUGAGCCAUCAAAAGAGGACACAAAAAACUCAUCAUUGGGAUCCACGAAGCAAAUAUUUUUGAAGGAAUCUCCCUUAAGUUUAGACAAAUGCUCUCUAUCUGUACUUGCCAGCAAAGAAGAAAACGACUACUGUGAUUUGUACCUUGAAGAAUUAGAAUUUGAAAUUGAAGAUGGUAUUGUAGAUAAACCUGCAGACUCCUUAGUUGCAGAAAAAACAAUUGAAGAAGAUGCUAAAAUAUUACAGCAAGUUGAGAAGGAUUCUGAAGUUCAGUCUGCUGAAGUUCCAUUUAAGACUUUAUUAUUCUUUACAAUGCUUGUAUAUUCCUAUUUAGUGUUGCCUCUUCCAAGUUAUUUAAGUGGUCUGUUUCUAGGCAUUGGCUUUGGGUUUAUGAUGGCAAUUGGUGUUGUUUGGCUGUUAGUACCAAGAAAGUCGAGGGACUAUCAACAGUCACCAAGGAGGAGUUAUUUUGAACAUCUAACAACGGAAACCUUGGAUAUAAAGGAGCCAGAAAUAUUUAAGGGUUGGAUGAAUGAAAUCUACAAUUAUGAUCCUGAAACCUACCAUGCAACACUGACCCAUUCUAUCUACAUUCGUCUUGAAGGAGCUGUACUAAGGCUUUCAAAACCAAAUAAAAAUAUAUCUCGAAGAGCUUCUUUCAAUGAGGCCAAACCUGAAGUUACAUACAUCAGUCAGAAGAUUUAUGAUUUAUCAGACAGCAAAGUGCAUUUAGUUCCAAAAGAUCUGGCUAGAAAACGAGUAUGGAAUAAGAAAUACCCAAUUUGUAUUGAACUUGCCAGACAGGAUGAUUUUAUGUCAAAGACUCAAACAGAGAAAGAAAAUGCAGAGGAUAAGUUAUCUGCGGAUAAGGUUGAAACAACACUUGAGGAGACAAAGAAACCUUCUGUUUCACAAGAUUCUGCAAAGCCAAUUUGCCAGAAGGACCAAGUUCUGUAUCUCUUUGGGAGGACAGGUAGAGAAAAAGAAGAAUGGUUCAGGAAAUUUGUUUCGGCUUCAAAAUCAAAACUUGAUACUAAACGACCAGCCAAUCUAGGAGGUGGCGGCAUUCCAGGUUUUGUGCCAACACACAGUAGAAACAAUAGCCAAUCUGGAAUGUUGACACAUAGUCGCAACAGCAGUAAAGGAAGUGUUGAAGAAAUCGUAUCACAUUCCAAACAGAAAGAUCUAAUUUCUGGUGUGCGUCAGAAAAUGCUUCUGGACUAUGCUGUAUAUAUGACAAAGUAUAUUCCCGAAGAAAUUUCCAGUUCAAACUCUAGUCCUACCCAUAGUGCUGAAGGUAGCCCCACUGCUAAGUUACCAAUCAUUCUGAAUGAGGACACAGAACAACGAGUGGCUUGGAUCAAUGCGUUGCUUGGGCGAAUCUUCUGGGACUUCUUGGGUGAAAAAUACUGGUCUAACUUGGUCUCUCGGAAGAUCCAGAUGAAACUCAGCAAAAUUAGGCUGCCUUAUUUUAUGAAUGAGCUGACCUUGACUGAACUUGAUAUGGGAGUUGCUAUGCCAAGAAUAUGUCAAGCUUCAAAACCUUGUGUUAAUUACCGGGGACUGUGGAUUGAUCUGGAGAUUUCUUACAAUGGUUCAUUUUUAAUGACCUUGGAAACUAAAAUGAAUCUGACCAAAUUGGGAAAGGAGUCUUUGGGAGAAGGAUGUAAAGUAGGCGAUAUUGGCAAAGAAGGGAGCAGACCAAAAGCCUACUCUCUUGCUGAUAGUGAUGAGGAAUCCUCAAGUGCUGGAUCAUCAGAUGAAGAAGAUGCACAGGAUGUGAUUGGAGGAGACAAACUGCUUCCAGCAGCUGCAGAAGGAUACAUGGGUGGACAUCGACCAAGCAAGAUUAUGAGACUUGUGGAUAAAAUUACUAAGUCAAAGUAUUUUCAGAAAGCCACUGAAACAGAAUUUAUCAAGAAGAAAAUUGAAGAGGUCUCUAAUACUCCAUUACUGUUAACCGUAGAGGUUCAAGAGUGCAAAGGAACAUUAGCUGUGAAUAUUCCACCUCCACCUACUGACAGAAUAUGGUACGGUUUCCGAACACCACCACACCUAGAAUUAAAAGCGCGACCCAAGUUGGGUGAACGUGAAGUGACUUUCGCACAUGUAACUGACUGGAUCGAAAAGAAACUUGAACAAGAAUUCCAGAAAAUUUUUGUUAUGCCAAAUAUGGAUGAUGUGUAUGUUCCAAUAAUGCAUUCAGCCAUGGACCCACGAUCAUCCACAGUGUGGCCUUCAAGGGAGACACAGACAGAAUUUGCUGAGCGACUGUAAUGUAUGGAAGUUUUAUGUUUACAGUAUUAUCAAGUUGCUGUUCAUGUGCUUUCAGCUGUGCCGUCUGUCUUUUGGAACCAUUCGUGCCACUAUAGUUUCCUGGAAUACUUGCGAUCUGUUGUACUCGGUAUGUGCAGUUUGCUAAGUGUGUGACUUUUUCUGUGUGGUGUCGACAGCUAAUAUUGUUAUACCCUGUUUAUUUCUUGGCCAUUCCAAGAAAAUAAAAACCUCAACAUAUAUAGAGAGACUAUAUUUAACUGUACUUGUAGAUGACUUUUUGGCAUGAAAUGCUUCAGUUUAGUGAGGUUCUCACAGGGCUGAGAGAAGAUUUUCAGACACGUGAUUGUAUGGUUGCCUGAGGUAACCUUGAUGCAGCUGCUGAAAUGAUGCAUGAUUGCUUUAUUGAGAUUGAGUAUUUAUAAAGUACAGUAUAAUGCAUCACUACAAUGACAAAGCCAAUCUGUAAUUGCUAAUUUUAUGUAAUAAUAUCUCAUUGCCUGGUGAUGUCUUAUCAUUGGAAUUGUAUUUGCAACUGCAUCUUUUUUUACUGAAGGAUUCUGCAGUCUCUGCAAGCAGUUGGUAAGUAUGCAGCUGUGAGAAACAUCAAGAUUACCCCCAUUAUAUCAUUAUUAUGUGGGAAAAUACUUUGAAAUUUGUCAACAAAAUUUCAAUGGCUAAUCUGAUGCAUAUUAUAAAUAUACGCCUAUGAUCCGAUUUGGGACAAUUUAAUUACACAACCCGUUUCAACUUUUUAUCUCUCUUUAGUUCAUGUGAUCAGCAAUCACCUCCUGAAAUAAUCCACUUUGGUGUGGGUAUCUGGGAAAACACUGUGUGAAAGAAAGGCACUGUGAUAAUCAGUUUAUUUUUUUAAUUUAUGAAUUAUAAAGUCAUAAAUGCUCUAAAUAUUUGAAGGAAUGGGCUAACCUUCCUUCGUCUAUCAGAAUGCAUAAAACAGAAAUAAAAUUUUAAAAUCCUGUAGUGAUAUCACAAACAUAAUCCAUUAGUGAUAUAGUUAAGUGUACUGUGUGAUAGUUGGUGGAUACAUGAGCUGGUGAAUUUGUUGAGAAUGUUAUUCAUCACAUUCUGGUACAUGGCAGAGGUACUUCAGAUUAGAGUCAAGCCACUCCCAAAUAUAAGUAGUGAGCAAACGACUCCAUCCAAUGCGAGCAGGUGAUGUACCACGGAACCAUUCGAUUAAAAAAAAAAAUCUAUUUGAUUUAGCAAAGAAAAACCUAAUUAUAUUGGGAGAAGGAUGUUGCAGCUUCACUAAAGGUUGCAUAUGCUUAGUCAUUAGCUAACAGCAGGCAUUUGUAGCUCUACCACUGUUUACUCUUGUCUGCAAGAUAACGCUUGCCAAAUGAGCAAAUGAUGAUAAGCUCGUGCUGCUUUUAUAUCAAUAGUUUGAAAGAAAAGUUGACCAUUUGUUAAAACUUAAGGCUUUCAAUUUAAAUUUUCAACUGAAAAUCACUACAUUUUUCAAAGAAACUAUGUCCAAGAAGGAAAUGUGAUGUAAUUAAGAUGCCAUUUAAGUUUUUAAAUUACCUAUGUGUGAGCAGAAAUUUUCUAAUUGUUUUACUUGAACCUCAGCUGGUUGCGACAUUUCUACUAAAGGUCUUCAAAAAUGUCAAUAUUAAUUUGUACUUCAGUGCCAUUAUGCCAAUGAUUAUAAUUUGUUUUGAUGAUGCCACCUUGUUGCUUUAUAAAUCUCUUGAGCUGUAUGUUAUCCCACUCGCAGAUGUUCAUCAUAUGUAAAUUGCCAUUCACAACAUAAAGUGCAAAUAGAUAAUGAAGAAGCCAUCGUGUGAAGGAUUUGGCAAAUCGUCUUUCAAGAUGAAGUUACUUUGAAAAAAUUUAACCAUUUGCAGAAUGUUUAAUUAAAACUAAGUAAUAUAUUUUAAGAUGUGUAUAAAAUUGUAUUUUUAAUUUUGUACAUUUAUUUUAAUUUGGGACUGCUUUGUUUCUAAUACCAAGGAUAGAGUAGCUACACACUGUUUUACAGUCUUAACCCACAUUCUUGCUUUGCUCUAUUUACAGUAGGCAAUAUUUGCCUGCCAAAAGAAAAUCUCUGCAUGUCUUGUUGGUAGUUGGGCCAUUGGUUUGGUCUGAAUUCAGUGUGCAAUAAUGAUUAUGAGUCCACGGACUAAAUGCACUAUGCAUAAUCAAAAUUAAAUAAUGAUUCUUAUAAACUGUCAUUGUACUUCACAUUAUCAGAUUAACAUUGUGAAGGACUGGCCGGCUAUGUUUUAAUAAAUUCUUCAUUCUAGCAAA